AUGCUCCGCUCCACCAAAGGCGCCUCCAAGGCGCGGCGCGACCAAAUCAACGCCGAAAUCCGCGCCCUCCGCGAUCUCCUCCCGCUACCGGACGGCGACCGCCCGCGGCUCUCCUACCUGCACGUCAUGGCCCUCGCCUGCAUCUACACGAGGAAAGGAGCUUGUCUGCGGCCCGGUCCGGCGCGGGGAGCACCCAUGGAGCUGUUGGGGGGGCCGGAGUUGGCCGAUCUGGUGGCGUCGCUUCCCGGGUUCCUGUUGGCUGUCACCCACGAGGGGAAGUUGGUUGGAGUCACCGACAACGUCGCGCAGCACCUGGGGCACUCCAUGGUGGAUCUGGUGGCACAGGGUGACAGCAUUUAUGACCUGCUGGAUCCGGCUGACCACCCCCUGGUGCGGCACCAGUUGGCCCUGCCCGGAGCCCCCCAGUCAGAGCGCCUCUUCCGCUGCCGUUUCACCACCUCACGAGCGUCGCGCCGGCCCAGCGCCGGACGGAAGCUGGUUCUGCUGCGGGGUCGCUUCCAGGCUCCCCGGCCCCCCGGGGCACUCCCGGGGCUUUUUGUGGCUUUUUGUGCCCCCCUGGACCCCCCGCCCUGGCCCUGCGCUGACUCUUUGCUGCUGCCCGCCUUCGAGAGCCGCCACGCGCGGGAUCUGGCUCUGCUCGACAUCUCUGAUAG